UUGGAAGGAACUGGGGCUGCUCAACCUAGGCAUUCAUCAGCAUCCAGGAGCCCAAGAAGCCGGGGAGAGGCGGAGGGACUGACAGCCAACUGCUCAGGGGCCAGCACUGGUCCAGAGACCACGCAUUUGAGUAGCACUAUCUUAGACCAUGGCUGCUCUUCUGAAGAGCCUACUUGCUGCUUCAGAGAAGGCUGCCCGUAUUGCCCAGCUGUGUCGCCAGGAGGAAGCACUCUUCAGCUUGCUCAUUGAGGAGAAGCGAGGGGCAGAAAAGAACAAGAAGUUUGUGCAAGACUUCAAGACCUUGGCGGAUGUGCUAAUCCAAGAGGUCAUCAAGCAUGAUGUGGGAAAGGAGUUCCCAGAGCUGCAAGAUCAUAUUCUUGGUGAAGAGUCCAACAAAUUUGAAAAUGGCCUUGGGGAGACUGUGGUGGUCCAGGUUUGUCCCGCCCAAAAGGACACGGCUGCCUUGCUGCAAAAAAUUCUGGAUCGGAACCUGACAGCUGCCGAGCUGUUAGCUGCUGCUGUUCAUCAGGAGGUAGUGCUUUCAGACCCAGUCCUGGAUGAUGUGGCUGUGACAAUCUCCACAGAAAACAUGGCUGUGUGGAUUGACCCCAUAGAUUCCACUAAUCAGUACAUCCGUGGACGAGGCAAUGUAGCGCCAGUGGAUGGUAUCUUCCCAUCUGGGCUUCGCUCAGCACUGGUGCUUAUUGGAGUGUACAACCGUCAUUCAGGAGAACCUGUCCUGGGCAUCAUCAAUGAGCCCUUCUUCCAAGAAGAGCUUCAAACACACAGGUGGCAGAGCAAAUAUCACUGGGGCAUCUCCUAUGAAGGCACCAACUUGAGCUCUCUCAGCCAGCCCCUGCUACAGCCUUCCCCCCGUGUGGUGCUAAGCAGCAAUGAGAAACCAGCACUACAGAAGACUCUGGCUCCUCUCUAUGGAGAGCGGCUCUGCUUUGCCUCGGGGGCUGGAUACAAGAUGCUGUGCGUAGCUCUGGGCCUUGCAGAUGCAUACGUGCUCUCAGAAGGCAGCACCUUCAAAUGGGACUCUUGUGGGCCCCAUGCCAUUUUGAGAGCCCUUGGCGGCGGCAUUGUGGAUCUUAGACAGGCCUUGCAGGCAUGGCAGGCUGGACAACACAAACAGCUGCCUGAACUGACCUACAACAAACCAGUGGAGGGCUCUGUGGGUGCUGAGCGCUGGGCCAACCAAGGAGGUCUUGUGGCCUACGUCUACCAAGAGCACCUGGAGGCUGUGAUGGCCACUCUCGUAGCAGCCAUGGACACUUUCUGAAGCUUCUUCUCCAGGUGGGCAUGAGUUGGUCAGGGCUCCUCAUCUCUGCAUGAAGGGGAAGAAACCAAACACUAGGCAAGGAACUUUAUGACUCCAAAUUCCUUAGAUCCCACAGGACCAAUUCAUUCUAUUUAUGGAUAGAGAUGAGAUGUCACCAUGGGGUAGUGGUUGGCAUGAAUCAAAUGCCUGUGCCAUUUGCCUUUUCUGUGCUGUUGGAAACAGUGAAAACAUUGCUUCCAAUGCAGGCUAGGCAGUGAGAUGGAGUUUCAGUUGCCCAACCAUCUUUGUUGAUAUAUUAGUCCUCUUGUGUGAAUAAUACACAUUAUGAAUAACAGAGGAAGGAUGCACUGGAACUAUUACAGGAUUUCCAUUAAUAUUUACUUUAGCCCUCACUGUCUCUAGAAUCUUGACAGUAUGCUACUAUUCCAAUUUCAUAUUAUAUGAAAUUCAUUUUACAUCGUUUGCUAAAGAAGCAAAGUUUCUGUGGUGCUUUUUCCUUCUAUGCUAUGACACACAGUAACUGGAUUAUGUAGCUUUUUUCUUUUAGAGGUUCAUAAAUGGAUAGACCUGCUUUGUGCUAGAAAGAAAGACUAGAUGGCUUUUAGGUCCUUUCCACUAUGUAGAGAGUGUCUAAACCACAGCUCUAUUUAACUGGUUUAAGACCUCCUUUCUAACAGGAAACCCUGGAGAUGGUAUUUCUUCAUUGUUAUUAUUUGUUUGUUUAUAUUCUGCCUUUUUCCCAAUCCUGGGACUCAAGGCAGCUUGCAAAAAUUAAGUCAAAUACAGAUUAAAGUAAAUGCAGGUAUAUCAAUAAACAUAUAAAAGUUAUUUUUUAAAAUGUAAUUAAGGAGAAUUAAGCUAACUACAAUGGAAUUAAAAAUAUUUAAAACUUAAUGAAGAAGAUAAAAAUCAACAAAUCAGCACACCGUUAGAAUCCCAUUUAGGUCAACUCCUAAAUGUCUGUUGGAAUACAACAGUUUUCACUUGCUGGCAGAAGGACAGAAGAAAGGAGUUUUCUCUUAGAGAAGGAGUCCCAAACCUGGGAGCAGUCACCAAGCUGCCCUUUCCAUUGUUCCCACUACAUGUCCCUGGGAAGGUAGUAGGACUGAGGGAACGGCCUCCAUCAAAGAUCUUAAGAGUACUGACAAGUUUAUAUAGGAAGAUACUGUCGUCCAAAUAGCCUGAUCUCCAACCAUAUAGAUAGGUUCUUGGGUGGGGCACUAGGCUAAUAGAAAAUCCCUGAGGACUCUUUGGAACAAAAGAAAUAUAAAUAUACUGUGUGAAUGUGUACUGUGAUUCUGGACAUAUGGUUCCAGAAAAUUGCAGUCUUACAGUUGAUCUUUUGCAAUUCUUUAUUUCUGGAGUUAUAUGCAGAUUAAUUAGAGCAGAUUCCUGGAGAUCUCUGUAUUCUUUUUAAAGCAGCCCUUGUGGUUUCGAAAUAUAUCUUCAAAACAGGCAAGCAGCAUCAGGAAAAGCAUUCCAUUAGGAGGGACAAAGCCAUAAUCUGUCCAGCUUUUGCCCCCAUGGGUCGGUAACUAUCAUGACUCCAAUUUUCUUCUCUUGGAAACUUCUGAGAGCUCCGUGGACUGCCAAAAUUGCAAAAUAAAUGAAUAAAUAACCACUUCUGGUUUUGCAAAGCAGGGGGUUAUAUUAAUUUCUGCAAUCUAUUUAAAAGGUCAGCAGAGGCUAUUCACCCCUUUUUGGCCACAGAUGGGGUUGUCUAGGGACAAUGUCAUUAAGCAUGUCACAUUAAGCAUCAACCAUAACUGCAUGGAUUAUGCCAUUAGAAUAAAAAAUACCAAGGGCCCUUUUACAUUACAGAAUUAUAGUAUUGUGGCUCUACUUGAACUGCAAUGGUUCCGUCCUAUGAAAUUUUGGGAUUUGCAGUUGGGGAAUAAUAAUAAUAAAAAUUAAUAAAAUUUAUUUAUUUCCUGCCUCAUCUGCACUCAGGAAAUUGGAGCGGCAAUAGAAUGGAAUUUAGGAUUCUCAGGCAGAGAACUCCAGUACUUUCCUAGACUACAAAUGUCAGGAUCCCACAGGAUGCUCCCAUGGAAGUUAAAGAGUAAUCAUAGUGGUACUGUAUAAUAGUAUAGUGUUGAAAGGAUCCCAAGUCUAACAAAUCAGGGAAAAUUAUAUAUACAACAUUUUCACGGCAGUGCUCUUCCCCUGAGAUUCCUCAUCCUGAGGACUGGAGAAGAAGCUCCAGUCUUGAGAUUCUAAUUUAAAGAUGAAGAAUUGUAAGAAAAGGGUAAAGAAGCAAUCUGGACAUUACCCAUUCACAAUGAGCCCCUGAACAGAAGACUCAGCAGACACCCAAACCAUUAAACCACAGUGUUCCCCACUUGAGUAAGAUGCAUUGUAAUUCUGUUCAAAUUAUUAAAACUCAUUUCUAAUUUUC